AUGCAAAAUCAAGAAUUAGUUUAUGCCCAAGCUUGGGACUAUCAGUUAUUGCUUGAUAGCUUGAGCUUUGAACUAGAAGGUAUCGAAGCAUAUAUCGCGAAAACAAACAAGUAUCCUAACAAAAACCAAAUCUACAGGACUGGAAAGGGAACUAUUAAAGAUCACAGUGGGUCCGCUGAAGAUUAUUAUGAUACUGCUUUGACCAAUUUAUUAACUUUGUCUGGAAUGGUUAAAGCAACACCUCUUCCCGAAGUUAAAGACUACGCACUAAUAGAAUUCUACAAAUGGAUCGAUUAUUCGGACAUAACUGAGAAAAAUUGCUCGCCUGAUUUAGGUCGUCUCUUGAUCGGUGUGCAUGAAUCAUUGAAAGGUGAAGGAAAAAAAAUUUUGGAAGAUACAAAAACGUACCUUGCAAAUGCGGAACAACCUCCGAAAGAGUCUUUCAUUAACAUUUUUAGUACCACUCAGAAGUUUGCGCAUGAAACUAGAGAACUUAAAGAAGGUCUCAAGGAUCAAAAAUUUGACAAAUCUCCAAGAUUUCAUGGUGAUAGCGAUAAAGGAAGAAGAACUUUUGAAAUGAUUGAAGCAAAAUAUGUUGAAGCCUAUUUAAGUAACGAUUCUUACUCCCAACAGGAGAAUCAAAUGAAAAAUAACA